GAGGUGAGUAAGGGAGCGGGGCUGCACUAAUGGUGGCACUAAAGGAGCAGUGUUACCUUGUUGUUCCCAACACAUGAGCUGAUUCCCAGGGACACUUUGCUACUGAGUCAGUGCAGUUUCUGUGGCAGCUCCAAGCCCAACCCACCCACCAUAAGUGAAUUCCUCUCCCAUUUGGUACCAAGGCCCCCCUGCAGCCUGAGGGGAAGCACUGAGGGGCCCAUUCUUGGCAGGAAAGGGAAAGUGUUGAUUGGCAGACAUUGCAUCAUUAGAGGGAAGUUUAACAGGGGAUUGUGGGAUUGGUAGUUCAGCCCAUGGCUAGACUAGUUAUUCUAUUCCCUGCUUGGAAUUGUUUUGGGGGAUAUUGCUGGGAAUAAUCCCCUAUAGAAAUGUGUAAGUGCUUAAUUCCACUUCCAGGCCCCUCCCUCCCACAAGGAGCCAAUGGGAAUGUGGGAGGAAGCGAGUGACCCAGUGAUGGGGAAGAAGGAUAAAAAUGAGGAGCGGAAGGAGAGAAUCCUGAAUCUCACACUGGAGAUUAUCUAUCUGCUGACUGGAGAGGGCUACGUCAUCCCUAAGAAGAAGAGCCCAACUGUGGGUUUGGGGGCCCUGCAUGCCCCUGGCUCCGUCAUACAGAAGGAAAAUGACAAGAAGAUCCUGGAACUCAUCUCCAACAUCAUCCAGCUGCUGACUGGAGAGGUUGCCAUAAGGUGUGAGGAUGUUUCCAUCUAUUUUUCCUUGGAGGAGUGGGAGUAUAUAAAAGGAAACAAGGCCCUUUACAGGGAAGGGAUAAAGGAGGAGGAGGAGCCCCAGCAGCUCCGCCCACUGGCAGCCUGUGAGUAUAAAGAUGGGAGCGAUGUUACAGCACAUACGGAAGCAACUUUAUGUUGUAAUAAUGAUGGGAAUCUCACAAACCCUGAUGUUUCUCCAGCGGAACAGCCCCCACCGGCCAAUGGGAUUAAAGAGGAGGCGGCUUCAUGUGAAGGGGGAAACCAAUCAGAUUGCAGCAUUAAUCCCCUUACAGAACAGAUACAGGGAACAGACACACCUACUCCUAUCAUGGGGUGCAGGCUGAAUAACAGCUCGGCAGUUAAUUAUGCAUCAAAUGAUGUAAAGGAGGAGUUAAUUUCUUCAUGGGAAGGGGGAAACCAAUCAGAUUGCAGCAUUAAUCCCCUUACAGACCAGAUACAGGGAACAAAUACUCCUAUCAUGGGGAGCAGCCAGAAUACCUUACAAAUGAUGGAUGAUAAUCAUGAUGAAAAGUCCCACCAAUCUCCGCAGAAAUCUCACAUAGCAAAAAGAGUAGUACGUAUGAAAUACAGCUGCAAUGAGUGUCAUAUGCAUUUUAGUAAUAAGAGAGACUUUUAUAAACACCAGAGAACUGAACUUUAUCGUUAUCAAAUGACUCACACAGAGGAGAAACGAUUUUCUUGUUCUGAAUGCGGGAAAUGUUUUUCAAAACGAUAUAACCUUAUUUCUCAUCAAAGGACUCACACAGGGGAGAAACCAUUUUCUUGUUCUGAAUGUGGGAAAUGUUUUUCAAAACGAUAUACCCUCAUUUCUCAUCAAAGUACUCACACGGGGGAGAAACCAUUUUCUUGUGUUGAAUGUGGAAAAUGUUUUUCAAGCAAAUUUCAUUUUCGUUGUCAUCAAAGGACUCAUACAGUGGAGAAACGAUUUUCUUGUUCUCAAUGUGGGAAGUGUUUUUCAUACAAAUCUCGCCUUAACACUCACCGUAGAAUCCACACAGGGGAGAAACCAUUUUCUUGUUCUGAAUGUGGGAAAUGUUUUUCAUACAAAUCUCGCCUUAACACUCACCGUAGAACCCACACAGGAGUGAAACCAUUUUCUUGUUCUGAAUGUGGAAAACAUUUUUCAUACAAAUUUCAACUUAAAACUCAUCAUAGAAUCCACACAGGGGAGAAACCAUUUUCUUGUGUUGAAUGUGGGAAAUGUUUUUCAGACCAGUCACAGCUUAAAACUCACCAUAGAACUCACACAGGGGAGAAACCAUAUUCUUGUUCUGAAUGUGGAAAAUGUUUUUCACAUCAAUCACUCCUAAAAAAGCAUAAUAGAACCCACACAGGGGAGAAACCAUUUUCUUGUUCUGAAUGUGGGAAAUGUUUUUCAAAGCAAUCCCACCUAAAAAUUCACUAUAGAACCCACACAGGGGAGAAACCAUUUUCAUGUUCUGAAUGUGGGAAAUGUUUUUCAUACAAAUCUCACCUUAAGACUCACCAUAGAACUCACACAGGAGAGAAACCAUUUUCAUGUUCUGAAUGUGGGAAAUAUUUUUCAGAGCAUACCCACCUUAAAACUCAUUAUAAGACCCACACAGGGGAGAAACCUUAUUCUUGUUCUGAAUGUGGGAAAUGUUUUGUAAGGAAAUGCCAACUACAUAGUCAUCAAAGGACUCACAAAGGGGAGAAACCAUUUUCUUGUUCUGAAUGUGGGAAAUGUUUUUCACAGCAAUCCCAACUUAAAAAGCAUCAUAGAACCCACACAGGGGAGAAACCAUUUUCUUGUUCUGAAUGUGGGAAAUGUUUUUCACAGCAAUCCCAACUUAAAAUUCAUCAUAGAACUCACACAGGGGAGAAACCAUUUUCUUGUUCUGAAUGUGGGAAAUGUUUUUCACAACAAUCCUACCUUAAAAAGCAUCAUAGCACCCACACAGGGGAAAAGCCAUUUUCUUAUUCUAAAUGAGGAAAAAUGAUUUGCAUUGAACAGGAGCCUAAAAAUACUUUUACAAUGAGGAAAACCGUAAACUUGUUAUACAAAGGAAGCAUCAGGCAAAGAUUUUCUUUCUCUGGCUCUGCAUCGGGAACUGAGGAGCCCUCUGGGAUAUAUCUCCCCCUCCCCCAACAGAUAAUAUUCUGGGUUUUAUUGAACAAGAAGGGACAUAUUCCAAGGGGUAUGAGCCCCCCAGGGUAUCACUUGGGCAGAUGCUGUUCCCUAAUGCUCACACAGUAGGUAACAUAAUGGGGAUAUACCCAGCUGGGAAUGACUUGCCGGGUACAUAUGCUCUUACUGGGUAAAUAUAAAGCCUAUAACAUCAUCUUGUCAUUAUUAACCCAAUGUCAUUUCCAAUGGGGCAUUUGUUGAGAUGAAAGGAAAGGGGGUUACACCAUUAUCCUAUAAAGGGUCUCUUUACAUUAAAUCAGUUUUGUGAAAA